GCUUGCACCUCAGUACUGGGCGCGCACCAGAUGUGGGAACAACAACGCUACGGGCGGAAUACACGGUUCGAGCUGGUAAAAAGCAUCUGGUUUUUAUUGCGAAUAAAACGGUAGCGGUAUUUCGAAUAGUAAACCGUCGUCUAUGUUUGGCUGAUAGUUUAGAAUGCCCAUAAUCGAGGAUCACAAACAAAACUAUUUGCAACGCUUUCAAAACACUGAUAUGUUCAGCUUUAUCCACAUUCUUAUCGCCAUUGGCACUGCGUUAUGUUUCAUUAUGAACACGCUAGUCAAUUGGUUUAUAUCACGUAAACGGCCAACCUACCCACCAAUUCAGGAUGAGUUGCUAAUCAAAUCUGUGGGCGAAUUGGUUGCCGAGCUGCGACAAAAAAAGAUCACUUCACAUCAGCUAGUGCGAGCGUAUAUCAGCCGCAUACAGGCAGUAAAUCCUAGCCUAAAUGCAGUAAUUGAGAAUCGUUUCGAGUACGCACUGAAAGACGCACAACAUGCGGAUAGCCUGAUUGCCAAGGCGAACAACGCACAGUUGGUGGCACUCUUUGCACGCUACCCCCUACUUGGUAUACCAUUUACAGUGAAGGAAUCAGCAGGGCUAAAAGGACUCUCUUUUGUUAUCGGCAACAUUUAUCGGCAAAAUAUGAAAUGUGAACACGACAGUGUAGUGGCAGAGCGGCUACGGUCUGCCGGUUGCAUACCACUUUUGGUCUCAGCAAACCCAGAGUUUUGUAUGAGCUACGAGACGAAUACUAUAAUGAAUGGAAAGUGUCGCAAUCCAUAUGAUCUGAACAGAGUGUCUGGAGGAUCAUCUGGCGGAGAGGGUGCUCUAAAUGGCGCCGGUGCGACACCAUUCGGUUUGGCUUCAGAUAUAGGCGGUUCAAUACGUUUACCUUCAAUGUUUUGUGGUGUAUUUGGACAUAAAGCAACAGGGGGACUGAUACCAAUUAAGGGGAGCUUCCCCUACGUAGAAGAUCCGAGAUUUGCACAAUACCUGACAGCAGGACCAAUAACACGUUUUGCCAAAGAUUUGCCCAUACUGCUGCAAGUGAUGGCCGGCGAUGAUAGCAAUAAGUUGAAAUUUCAUGAACCAGUAAAACUAAAGGACAUUAAGAUAUACUACGCAUAUGGUUUCAGUGGUUGUGAAGCGCUAAUGCACCUGCCAACCGCAUUCGACAUACAAUUAGCCAUAACCAGAGCGGUGAAGUGCUUCGAAAAAGGUGGACUCACCACAAAGCAGGUAAACUUAAACAAAUUUGGUAAUGCCAGAGAAAUUGGUAUACGCGCUCUCUCAGAGUUACACGGCAUACCGAGCGUAACCACUCAAAGUCCACCCAAAAUAAGAACAUUGAUUUGGCAGCUGAUUCUCUCGCUUAUUGGGAAGUCGGUGCAUAACCGCGAUGCUGUCUUUAUGGAGUGGAUGCGUCUAGAGAAGGCGUAUAUUUCUGAUAAGCAAGCAGACGAAUUACGCGCUGAAAGCAAAAAGCUGAAAGAAGAGUUGGUGCAAAUGCUAGGCGAGAAUGGUGUACUCUUCUUGCCCACUUUUCCCACUUCGGCUUUCGCAUUCAACACAAGCACCUUGAAUUUGGUCGGAGUGGGUCUAAUGCUAUUGUUCAACAUACUGGGCUUGCCUGCAACACAUGUGCCAAUGGGUCUGGAUCAUCGAGGCCUGCCAAUAGGCUUCCAAGUGGUCGCUGCACCAUAUCAAGACAAAUUGUGUCUACAGAUAGCAGCUGAGUUGGAAGGCGCUUUCGGCGGAUGGGUGCCGCCGCUGUCGCAUGACAUAAAAGCUUAGUGUAAAUAAGCUACUUGAAGCUUUUUAAGUUUAGCAUAAGUAUAGCGUGCUUUGUGCUUACGUACUUACGUAGUUUGGUUGAAAUUCUUUAUGUAUACUUCUCUAGAAUAUUUGCAAUGUGAUUAUUGAUUGAAGAUUUGUAUUUUUUGUUGUGCGUUGUAAAAUUUGCUUAAGCGGUCUCUCUCAUAUGGUAUAAUAGAGAUGUAUACAUCUAUUCACAUAAUUAAGUCGUUCAGCUUUUCGCAUUAAUAAAAACAUUCUUAAUUAAAGUGCCAAACAUUAUACAAAAGUUAAAACAUUUCAAAAAAAAAAAAAAAACUUCCGAGCAUCUGAUUUAUAUGAAAGAAAAUUCUCAAUAUCGUAUGCAAAAAAAAUUAUCAAAAAUUAACGCGAUUUUUAGACGACUUCAAACUUACACUUUUUAUUACUAAAACUAAACGGAGUAUAAAACUGUAUACCAAAAAGUUCUGAUUAAAGAUCAAAGAUUCAUUUUUUUUUUUUAUUUAUUUAUUAAGUUUUUGUGAAUUUUGUACAAAGAUUGGAGCUUUAAUUACUUGAUUUAUAAAAUUUUUGCUAUGCAUAAAACUAUAUUUUUAUUAAAAAAUAGCGAAAUAAAUUUCGCGUAAAAAGGCGAGUAUUAUAAAGAGAUAAAGUGGCUUCAUUAUGAGAGCACAAGUGUAAAGUACGAGUAUAAGGAUAUACCUCUACUAGAGCUGUCAAACUAUCGAUAGCUGAUGUAUAAGCUGUAGAUACUUUCGAAUAAUUACACAAUUAAUUAAUUUUGAUGUCCAUGCAUUUAUAUUCAAGUUAUGUAUUUACGGGCAAUCAAAUCUCAAUUAAAUUUUUUUAAUAAAAA